UGUAUGUCAGUUAUUUUAGGUUGAAUGUCUGCACACAAACUCGACGAUAAUAACGGUGAAUCAAUUGUUUCUUACUUCAAGUCUCAUGUGGUCCUUGCUUCUCUGGCUCUUUUGCACCUUCAUCAACUCAAACAUGCAAAAAUGAAGAAAAAUUAUAGUAAUUUUACGUAACAAAAAAAUCAAAAAUGAACCAAACAAGUAAAUUUUUCUUUAGUUAACAAAUGAAAAAUCCCGAAAUUUACUUGGAAAAUAAUUUCAUAACGGGGAGGAAUAUAGUAAUUUUGAAGAAAUAACAUGGACAUUUUUCGUGUUAUGAUUGUUUGCAUCGUCUUGUUGAUGAUUUACCCCGUGAAAAUAAUGUCAGUUUCGGAUACUGAUGCUUUGUUGAAGCUGAAACAAUCAUUUACAAAUGCAGCUUCAUUGGAAUCAUGGAAACCUGGAACGGAUCCGUGUGAUAAAAAUAUACGUUGGUUGGGUGUUUUUUGUCAGAAAAAAAUAGUUACUGGACUUCUUCUUGCAGAAACGAAUUUAUCUGGAACAAUAGACAUUGAGGCAUUAUCACAAAUGACUGGUCUGCGUACACUUAGUUUUCAAAGCAAUUUAUUUUCUGGACCAAUGCCGGAAUUCAAUCGAAUGGGUGCUUUAAAAGGUCUUUAUUUGUCGGAAAAUCAAUUUUCUGGUGAAAUUCCUUCAAAUUACUUUGCAAAAAUGUUGUCCUUGAAGAAGUUAUGGCUCUCUGACAACAAAUUUUCCGGUGAAAUUCCGGCGUCAUUAAUGGAGCUGCAAUAUCUCAUUGAAUUGCACCUGGAGAACAAUCAGUUCACAGGUCCAAUACCCCCAAUGUCGAAGCAGUCAACGUUAGAAUCAAUCGAUUUUUCUAAUAAUAACUUGAAAGGGGAAAUCCCUGUUUCGUUAUCAAGAUUCAAUGAGAGUUCGUUUAAGGGGAAUUCCGAGCUUUGUGGUGAGAAAUUAGGCAAACCUUGUAAUCAAGCCAUAAAUAGCAACAACACUAAUAAUAAUGGCACUCAACAAAGUCCGGAUAGUAAUUCUAAUAAAAGCAUCUCAAUGUGGAUUGUGAUAUCAUCAGUUGUUCUGUUAUUGAUCGUGAUCAUAGUAAUAUACCUCAUAUGUCGCUACCAACAAAGUCGUCGUGCUUCCAUUGAAAGUUUUGAUGAGCCAUCACUUGGGAGGCGAAUUUCAAGUGAUAGCAAGAAGUCAUUUGAACUAAGUAGACGUGGCAGUUCGAUUAGAAGAGGAUCGAUAAUGGGAAAACGUGUAGGAGAUUUGACAAUGGUGAAUAAUGAUAAAGGUGAGUUUGGUUUAGCAGAUUUGAUGAAAGCUGCUGCAGAGGUGUUAGGGAAUGGGCCAUUGGGUUCUUCUUAUAAGGCUAUGAUGUCAAAUGGAUUGACAGUUGUGGUGAAGAGGAUCAAAGAAAUGAACAAGAUCGGAAAAGAGGGUUUCGAUGCAGAGGUUAAACGUUUAGGAAGUUUGAGACAUAAAAAUAUUCUAACACUUUUGGCUUACCAUCAUCGCAAGGAAGAAAAGUUGUUUGUAUAUGAGUACAUUCCUAAAGGAAGCUUGCUAUACAUAUUGCACGGUGAAAGAGGGCUGACCCAUGCUGAGCUCACCUGGCCAGUGCGUCUAAAAAUUAUACAAGGAGUAGUUCAAGGACUAAAUUAUCUUCACACUGAACUUGCUUCUUCUGAUUUGCCCCACGGCGACUUGAAAUCUAGCAAUAUACUCAUAAGCACAAACCACGAGCCAAUACUCACUGGUUACGGAUUCUGCACCUUAAUGAACAACACGCAUGCAGUUCAAGCAUUGAUCGCGUUCAAGUCACCAGAAGCAGUACAAAAUAACCAGGUUACACCCAAGUGCGACGUUUAUUGCCUUGGAAUUGUGAUUCUUGAGAUAAUAACAGGGAAGUACCCGUCUAUAUAUCUUAAUACCGGUAAAGGAGGGAUAGACAUAGCACAAUGGGCGAAAUCCGCGAUUGCUGAGGGUAGAGAAGCUGAAUUAUGUGAUCCAGAUAUAACAGCAAGCGCGAAAGAUUCAAUGAGUUCAAUUAAGGAAUUAAUUCACAUUAGUGCAGCAUGUGUAGAGAGUAAUCCACAACAGAGGAUAAGUAUUAGAGAAGUCAUUAGGAGGAUUGAAGAAAUACAACAACAAAACGGAGUAGGACAAACAACAACGUCUCAGUCUCAAACGGGACAAGCAAUUGAGAUAAUGCCGUCUCCAAGAGAUGGAGAUGCUGAAAUACAAGUUUCAGAAUCCUAACAAGGAAUAACAAAUCAUUAGGAAUUUUAGCAGAUUCCGGUAAUUCAAGAGGUGGUUAAUAUUGCAGCUUCUCCUAUGGUCAUCAGACUAAUGAUAGUGUUUUUUUUUCUUCAUUUUUAAAGGUUCGUUAACUAGGGAUAGUACAUAUAUUACUGACUAAGUUUUAGUUUUAUUUUUGUGUAUUUUUUCCCUUCUUUUAGAUGCCCCCAUUAUCUCCCCUUGUAGAACAAGAAAUGAGAGGAGAAGCUGUAUCCUGUGUAGAGAUGAAACAGUUUCCUGUUUCUACCAUGUUGAUUACUAACUGAUCUUGUAGACCAAAAAUUCUUAGCAUACUUCGACUAAUUCCAAGGGAUACUGUCAUUUCCUAUCACUAACAUGUACCAGGUAACUCUGCUUACCAAGGAUAAAAUAUAUGAGAAAGAAAUUACCUAGUGUUUUUA